AUGUUACUUCGGCACCCUUUUAUUACGCUUCUGACCUUGCUCGCCAUUCCAACGAGGGUGCUGGGAAGAAAAGGAGGCCCUGAUGGCGACAACGACAGUGAUAGCAGUAGUGGAAGCGGCUCCAGUGGCUCCGGUGGCUCCAGCGAUUCCGAUAGCUCCAGCGAUUCUAGCGAUGGCGGGGAUACAUCUUCCACGACCUCAACUGGAUACCAUUGCACAGACACCCACCGCCUCGAUUUUGGCGAUCUCCGGCCCAAUCACUACGAGAAAUACAUCAGUGAAGCACACAGAAACCGGCGCCUCGGUAGUGUUUACAGCGACUGGGAUGGUGUCUAUUUCAAAGGCGAGACUCUCUUCACCUACACGAUCACCAUUCCUACGAAUAAGUCCGCGGAGAGUUCGUCUUCCAUUGAAUGUCCCAUUGGCGAACACACCAUGCGCAUGCUAGGCGUUGCAUGGGUUGCAGCGAAAGCUCCCGGCCCUAAGGGACCUAUUAAUCCCUUUACAGUCGGCUUUAAGGCCUGGGAGAGCAAUAUUCGCGUAUCGGACAUCGACUAUUCAUACAGUCAAUGUGAGAACCUGGAUCUCAUACGUUUCUGUACGACGGUGGACUGGCACAAGAAAGAAGGUGAAAACGACGCCAUGGAUGCUGUGGAGUUAAACAUAACCCAGGCGGCCGAGGACAGCAACAAGAUUGAUUUCGAUGGGGUCUAUGAUCUGAAAGACUGGGCAGAUAGCGAAAGAGAUUCUUUUAGACCCGCGCGCUAUGACAAUGGUGGUCUGUGGGAUCAACAGAUCAUGCUUCCAGAGAGAUUGUGCUCUGAUGGCAACAAAUUGGGCAAAUUGUUUAUUGGCUGGCCUACUGGGACACGCGUCAAUGGAUCCAUGACCAAUGAGACUCUUGAGAUGAAUUUCUCGGGUUCUGUGAAUGGUGCUCAAUUCGAAAGGAUUUACAAUAAACUGUCCUCGCGUGUUGCGACAGCAGAUGUGGCUUUCGAAAUCAAAUUUACGGGUAAAAUUGAUGCGGCGAAUUCCUCGCAGGUGGUUCUGACAGGGGCGUCAAGCAACAAUGCAUCGUUGAUCGCCUUUGAGAGGGCGACCAGUAGUGCCUUUAUUACACGUCUAUCGUGGUACUUCUUACCACUGUCUUUGUUAGUUGCGUUCGGUGUGUUGCUUGUAUGA